AUGUUCCUCUUUUUCGCGUUCUGGUCUUUGGUGUCGGCUUAUCUAAUCUGGACUCUGAUUCGAUUCACCAACAACUACCUGGAAGCAAAGAAGAUCGGGUUGCCAAUUCUGAUCUGCCCCAUCAAUCCAGCAAGCCCGCUAUGGAUGCUCGUAAAGGACCGUCUCAUACCUGUCAUCAGUUCACUGCCUUGGGGACUAGGUGAGUGGGCUACCAGGGCAGAAGUCGGCUGGACUUUCAACUACGGAUACUCGGUCCAUGCAAGGUACGGCGAGGCAUUCACAAUUGUCUCGUCGGGAACAAAUGAGAUCUACAUUGCGGACCCCUCUGCCACUGAGGAUAUAAUGCGUCGGCGCAAUGACUUCAUCAAAGAUCCCGCCAUGUACGGCAUGUUGGACAUCUAUGGGCCGAACCUUGACACUGUCAACGGCAAAGUAUGGGAUCGCCACCGCAAAAUCACUGUGCCACCCUUCAACGAACAGAAUAGCGCCUUGGUCUGGCGGGAAACUGCAGAACAGGCCGACCAGAUGCUGAAAAUCUGGUCUCAGAAGGACUAUGUGACAAGCACACAGCCCGACGUGCAUGCCGUUGCCCUCAACGUAUUGUGCGGCGCUGGCUUCGGCAUCCACAGCAGCUUCAUUGACUCGAAGCUGUCGAGCGGCGAGAAUCAAGCGCAACUGCAACUCGGUUAUCGCGAGAGCUUACGAAUGCUGCUCUCAAACAUUAUCCAGCUUGUUCUUUUGAGCGUGCUGAAGAAGGCCGGCGUUCCGGACUGGAUGUUCUUCGGCAACAUGCAGAAACUAUCCGUUGCAUAUGAGGAGUUCAAGAGAUAUAUGAGUGAGAUGCUGGCGCGGGAGAAAACCGCCUUUGAACAGGGUGAUCUGACGAGACAUAACCUUAUGAGCGCGUUGAUCAGAGCCUCCGAACAAUCAAACGAGAUGGCACGUACCGCAAAAGAUCCUACCACAACAACAUCAGCACCAGCACCAGCACCAGCAUCCGCAGGACUAUCCGACGAAGAGGUAUAUGGGAACCUCUUCAUUUACAACCUAGCCGGUCACGACACCACAGCCGCCACUCUCCAUUUCGCAAUCACACUACUGGCUCUGUACCCCAAGUGGCAAACGUGGAUCGCUGAGGAGAUUGAUCAAGUACGAAAAGCCGACCCGUCGGGCAUGUGGUACUAUGAGGAGACAUUUCCCAAGCUAGAGCGAUGUCUGGCGCUCAUGUACGAGACAGUUCGACUUUACGGACCUGUUGUAAUGAUGCCUCGCUACACGGGAGACUCGACCCAGCGGCUCAGCAUCCAAGACAAGGAAUGCGUACUGCCCCCAAAGACCUCGGUGACAAUCAACUUUGCCGCCCUUCAUACCCACCCGCAACACUGGGGUCCAGACCCCACGACCUUCCGGCCCGACCGAUGGAUUGUGCCUAAGGGGGAGGAGACCGCCGCCACCGCCGGCGCUGGUGAGGGCUCGCCCUCCCUGUUCCAGCCCUUGCCCGGAUCAUUCGUGCCCUGGAAUGCUGGGCCGCGGGUCUGUCCCGGCAAGAAAUUCUCGCAGGUCGAGUUCACGCGCGUCAUCUUCAGCCUGUUCGCCAACGGCUCGCGGGUCGAGCUGGUCCCGGAGCCCGGCGAGAGCGAGCAGGCGACCAACGCAAGGAUUUUGCGAGUUGUCAGCCAGGCAAAAGUUGAAGUCACGUUGAAACUGGUCGACGCCGAGAGGGUCAAGCUUCGCUGGACCAGGAAGGCAGCCGGCAGCCUCGGACCGUAG